GUAGCGAACGGACGUGCAAAAAAUUCAGAGCGAAAAAACUGAAAUUUGACAAUGAAACGACGACUUUCAACUGAGGAUUUCUGUACUGAAGGGAACAUAAUGGCAAAGAAACGAAAGAUCAGAGGAGGAAAGAAAGACGGGAGGAAACAUGGUCCUCGUUCGUCCUCUGACUCCUCCAAAGUUCCCAGGACAGAGUCGUGUGCAUCAGACACCUCUAGCCACAACAGUGAAACUGCAGGCAAACUAUCAGCUGCUGAGGAAUAUGCAUUGAUUUCUAAGGAGAUACGUGACUUUGAAGCUGCUUGUGCAUUGAUUUCUGAGGAGAUAUGUGACUUAGAAACUGCUUGUGAAAUUUCGCAGACAGAUUGUGCUACAAACACUCUUGUCAACAAUGAGGUUGCGUGUGAUACAAAAGAUGCAGCGGAGCUGCAACAAGACAUUCGGUCAGUUGAUAGUGCAACCAAUGAAAGCAACAAUGAUGCAUGUGUUCUCUCACAAGCAGAAGUUCUUGGAUUGUUUCAAGGACUGAGCAACACGUACAAUCUAACAGAGAUGUCUCCGCAGGAGCAACCUUUUCAUGUUGUGUCAGACGGUUCCUCUCUGUACCUGGUGGGUCCUCAAAAUCAGGUCUACAUGUCACUGGUACCACCGACUGGAAGUAGUGCUGCUACCACAACAGACUCUCAAAUGGUGUGCACCGUUCACGACAACCCUGACCAAUCUAACCAGCUCACAGACAACAUCAACAAAUCGCAACGGUUCAUUUCCAAGUCUUUUUCUGAGAGAAUCAAGGAAAGGCUUGAUUACUGGUAUGAUGCGACAAUGGAUGUUGAUCGGAGAGAGGCGGAUCUACUGAGAUAUCCCUCUCACCUGUUGGAAUGGUCUGAGCGUGUGAAAUUCAGUCACCAGCGCAAGUGGAAAAGGCUAACAUACCAUGAGCCUAAGUACAGCGAAUGGGAUUUCGUCUGAGGAAAAUUUUCCGGUUAUGGGACAGUUACUAUUUGUUGCGGUGCUAUACACUCUUUGGUCCACCCUGUGAUAUUUUCAGGAAUGGGACAGUUAUUAUGUGUUGUGGUGCUAUUAACUCUCUGGGCCACCCUGUGAUAUUUUCAUGAAUGGGAUAGUUAUUGUGUGUUGUGGUGUUAUAAACUCUCUGGGCCACCUUGUGACAAUCCAUGCAAGCCCAUCGUUUGUCUCUCUCAAGACUUUUUGAACAUGCACUGACACAUUACUUUUUAAAUUAUUUAUUGUUUGGCAAAUUUUUCUUGGCAAAUCAUGUUUGCGAUGAUACAUUUUUGGCAGACAGCUACAGUAGGCACUGUGUGCUAUUCAUUCGGAUCAUUUUGAUUUUUGUCUCUAUAAUUAUUAUUAUAUCUUGAUUUUAUCUUUAUUAUUUUGGCACCAAAUGUUUUUUUUAAUUUUCCUUUGAAACUGGAUUGGUUUGACUUUGAACUAAGUGGCCAUUAAGAGUUGGUCCUGCAUGCUUUAAUUACUUGUAAAUAUUUUGAUUAUUAUAAAAUAAUUACAUGAAAUUAUUAUGAUUAUUUUUUGAAUAAACUAUAUAGUUUUACA